UACAAAGUGUAUGUGUAAAACUUACUUUGUAAUGUAGUCUCAAUAUGAUUCUUAGAUUAACAGUUUUUAGUUUUAUUCUUAUAAUUAUGACUUCAAAUUCUAAAAUAUUACGUGGACAACUUGUAACAAAUGAAAAUUGGGCAUUUUUGGCGAGAUUUUGUUUUUUGUCGGAGAAAGGAAGAUUUCAGUAUCAAUUUAUUUUGGAGGAGAAUUCUAGCGUAAAUUUAUUAUUGUAUUACGAUUCAGCAACACAAUGGCCAAGUGUUUAUCCCUCGAACAAGACGUGUUUGCAAAAGGAGUCGGUCCUAAGCAGAGAUCGAGGACAAAUUGUGCCUUUAAGUGCCAAGCUAGUGACAAAUGGUCCAAUAGAAUGUAUCAAAAACAAAACGACCAAACAAUAUUUUUGUAAUAGUUAUCGAGAAUUUAAAUCGUCGAGACCAAGAUGGUGGUUUAUCGCUUUAUCGGAUUGUGAAAGCGAGAAAGGAUUAAAUGUCACCUACUGGAUGACACUAACAAAUGGUCCACGUGGAAGUUUCUGGCGGGAACACUUUUCAGCUGAUGAAUUUUAUAUUCUACCUUUGUUGAUUGCCUUCGCCAUCGCCUACUUUAUUCUCAUAAUUUUGAGCGUAAUCGUUGCGAUAGAGCUGCGUUCGAGAAAGCUUCUUCACAUCUCCUACAAGCUCUUUAUGGUUUCCCUUUGGUUCUAUCUGAUAGGACUGAUUUUCGAGAUCUACGAAUAUUGCAUCAGAGCUUCUCUUGGAGUGAAUUUCCCGGGAGCGGCUUUAAUCGCAAGUCUCUUUGAAGCAUGUUCGGAGACUAUUUUCACUGUACUGCUUUUGCUUUUGGCACUGGGAUUUACAGUGACAAAAAGUAUUCUCUCACUGGUUCAAGUUGGACGACUUUUGGGUUUUAUUUGGAUUUCCACAAUUCUACAGCUCUGUCUUCUCAUCUAUCAGGCGGAAGUCUUCGAUCCUGGCCUCGUACUUUACAGUUACGAAUCACCGCCUGGUUAUGGAUUGCUGGCAUUGAAACUUUGGACGUGGGGCGUUUUUAUUUUCUGCUGCUAUAAAACCAGCAGCAAAGCGGCCACUAAACUCCAUUUUUAUUCCUUCCUCAUGUCACUUGGCUCCGUUUGGUUCCUGUUUCAUCCGAUAAUGGUUCUAAUGGUCACCUUUCUGAUAGACAAGUGGAUUCGAGAGAGUGUCGCAAAAGGAUGUUAUCUCUGGAUCAUUUUUUGCGGUCACGCGCUAUUUUUAUACACAACGAGACCAGCGGCUGCGAAUAUUCAUUUUCCAUUCCAUAUUCGAACUUUUCAAAUCGUCCCUUUCAGUGGAAAUGGUCAAGGGCACAGCUACGAACCUAGAAUUCACAAUACUGCGCCUGCAUUUACUCUAACUCAAUUGCGACCACCUGUUAGCAUUCCAAACGGGAUAAAUAAUACUCGUCUCUAGACGCAUUUUUCAAAAUCAAAAUA